CCCCAAGAACAAUCAUGCCCACCUUUCCUACCAAAAUUGAUCUCAAACCAAAACGGCGUCAUGGCUUUUCGGUUCUGCUUUUCAUUCUUGGAACCCUUCUUCCUCCUCUAGCUGUCGCCGCCAGAUUUGGGAUUGGGACCGACUUUUUCAUCAAUACACUGCUGACAAUCUGUGGGUAUAUACCUGGUCAUGCUCACAAUUUCUACAUUCAAAACAUUCGCAACAACAAGAAUCAUGCACGAACUCCAAAAUGGGCCCAACGAUAUGGUCUCGUUGAUACCUCCGAAAUUCGACGCAAGGAACGUAAAUCCCAAUGGGCGAAUCGUUAUCAAGACCGACUCCCUCAUUCAACUCUCGAAGGGCAAGCUCUCGAGGAAGGGCAAGAAGGUGGCUCGAGCAUGAGCUUAUCGUCUGAUGAUCAUAGCUCUCGACCACAGCAACAGAACGGUGCUCUAUGGGGCCCUGAGGAUGAGCGUUACUACAGCGCUGACGCAUCGUCUUCCUCUGGCGGAAGGUGGCGAUAUCCAGCCAAUUUCGAUGAUGCUGUACUCCCGAGCAGCGGCUCCAAACGCGGGAAGAAGAAGAAGGAGAAGAAGGAUCGUUGGGCGAGGACAGAGGAUGCAUAUUCAAUUUCUGAACAGCAGUCGAGGAAAAGAGUAAAGAAGAAGAAGAGCAGGUCUUCAGUCGCCCCGAGCGUGAUUUCUGCGGAUGACUCUACUGCGGGUUAUCCUGAAGAUCCUGAGGGUGGCCUUUAUGGGAACACGCAGGCCAUAGAAGAGCCUCGUUCGAUGGAGACCAAUGGACAAAGGCCGACCAACGACGAUAUCUUCAGCCACGAGUUUUGAUCUUAUGAUUCUAUUUAAUACUGUCUAAUCCACCAGUGCAGUUUGCAUAGUCUAUAUUUAUUUUAUUAUACCAACUCACAUGUCGA